AUCUGUGACGUACAUUUUUUGCGCGAAACUCAAUCGAGAGAAGGCUGAAGUGAAAGUGGCGACGUUGAAAAUGAGCAAAAAAGAUAACGGGACGUCACUGAUUCUUGCCUAUUUAAAUGAAAAGAACCGACCUUACAGUGCCCAGGAUGUCUUCUGUAAUUUGCAGAAGCAGCACGGAUUGGGCAAAACGGCAGUGGUCAAAGCCAUGGAGCUGCUGGCUCUGGAGGGGAAGAUAAAGGAGAAAACAUAUGGCAAGCAGAAAAUAUACUUUGCCAAUCAGGACCAAUUUAAAGAUGUGAACGAUUCAGACCUGAAGGCAAUGGAUGGUCAGAUCUCAGAGCUUGGUGCAGAGCUGCAGUCCCUCACACAGAGCUGCAGACAGCUAGAUGCAGAGCUGAAGGAGCUGAACAGUUCCCUCACAACUGAGGACAUGGUGGCAGAGAUAAAGGAGCUGAAAGCUGAGAAUUCUGGGUACAAAGCUCGUCUGGAGAAGAUAAAGUCSGCUACAAAUCAUGUCACACCAGAAGAGAAAGAGAAGGUUUAUAAAGAGCGAGAUGUUUAUGGGAAAGAGUGGAAAAAAAGGAAGAGACUGGCUUCAGACAUGAUAAACGCCAUCCUGGAGGGAUAUCCAAAGAGCAAAAAAGAGUUACUGGAAGAAGUUGGAGUGGAGACUGAUGAAGACUGUAAGGUGGCUCCCCCAAGCACAUGAACAAGGACAUGUUCAUCAAUUCAAGUCUGCGUGGACCGUAUCUGAGAAAACAAUUACACAUCACAGCAGUCUGAGCAGCAGUGUAUUCUUUAUUUAUUACAUUUCUUUUGAAAUAAAUAGUAAAAUSUUUUGUAAAUUCUGACGAGAAAAGAAAAAAAAAUCAAACUCCAAGUAUAUUUGUACAAAAUUUGGGACUGCACUGAGGGAUGGUUGUGAUCCUUUAGGCAACUGUGGUUUCUGUUGUCCCUAUUUUAAAACAUUAAAGCAAUCCUGAGCUUA